AUGGCCGAAGACUUGGCUGAUCAAAUUGACGAUUAUAUCUGUGUAUUUGAAGGAGCCGGUGACCUAACGAUGGAUACGUUCGUAAUGCUACUGUUCGCGCUGAUCGUGGUAGUGAUCUCGCUGGUGUUUGUGACGAAGCUGAUCUACGACAAGUACGUCCUGCGCAAGGGCGUCACCGGCAGCUCGGGCGUCGCGGCCGACGCUGGUAGCGUCGCCGGCGGCGUCGGCGUCGGCAUCUCCGGGGCUACUUCCGGCGCCGUGUCGUCCGGGGCGUCGGCGGCUGCCGUGGCCGGUGGAACGCGCGUGUCCGAGCCGAAGGAGGUGCUCACCUCCAAGAAGGACGCGAUCCUCUCUCAAGUCCGCAAUGGAGGCGGUGGUGGUGGUGGUGCACGGAUGGGCGGUGGUUUCGGUGGCGGAACUGGCGGUGGUGCCACGAUCGCCCGUAAGCGCAUUUCCCGCAUGAGUCCCGGACCGGAGCUGACGCAGAAGAAGCGUCCGGUGAUCCCCCCGUCGAACAUCAAUGGAACUGACCCGCAAAUUACCCAGUGGGCCGUCCAUCUGUUCCGCUGGCUGUACUCCGACCUGGUGGUGGUGAACAAGUUGCUGCAGGACUGGGUGUCGUCGGUCAACACGGCACUGCUGACGCACGUCGAGCAGCACGAGAUGAUCGUCGAGAUUGUGCGGGUGCUGCCCGAAAGCCUCCCGCCGAACCUGUCCAGCAUCCUGUGCGAGGCCACCGAGCAGCCGAACGAGGUGGAGCUGCUGUUCGACGUCGACACCACGCCCGUCCUGCAGAUCAAGGCGUUCAAGUCGAACAACCAGAAGACGGAGGUGUCCCACUACAAGGCGACCAUCUCCCGGCUGAAGUCGCGCGUCAGCGUGAUCGUCAACUACUUCGCCCUGAAGGGAGAGAUGAAGCUCGAAGGAUAUCCGGAUAUAAAGAUUCACUUGAACAGCAUCGGCCCGCUGAAAACCGCGAACGCUCAGGACGAGAAGAAGCAGAUCGAUCUCAUCACGGAACUGCUGAUCGGUUCGAUCCGGGAUGUGGUCUACCCGGUUGACUUUUCGAUCUACUCCACCUGCCCCCGACUGAUGGGCGAGGAGUCCGAGGAGGUUACGUCCGACUAUGGAUACGGUGGCUACAACGAUGGAUAUCGUGCGUACCAGGACGAUCCGUACGGUGGAGGUUUAUCUGCGUCGCCAAGGAAAUUGCUAGUCAAAGUGCUGAAGGCCGAAGGACUUCUAAAGUGCACGCAACCCUUCUGCGUCAUCGAGAUGGACGAGCCAGCCCAAAAACACCAGUCCGCAUCCAAGCCGGGGCAAAACCCUUACUGGGACGAGUCUUUCUUGUUUGAUCUGUCGAACCACUCCACCGAACUCCUGUUCGAGGUGUACGAUACCGUAGCAGUAGCUGGUGGCCAGAAGUUCCUCGGUUUGGGCCUGGUAGGCAUCGACGAGCUGUCCAACGGUCCGGCUACGACGCAGAUCCUCGAGCUGCAACCCCGUCCAUACGAAACGGAAACCAUUACCGGUUCACUAACGGUUGAGUUUGUUUUCAUCGAUUCGCCGCCGGUUCCUGCCGCUCGACGGCAGUUCCCCCAGCAGCCCUUCCAAACGAACGGAAUGUCCAAUUUUGCUCGAGAUGCCGUCACGAGUACGCCGGGCGGGGCCAACGCCAGUCUUUCGCUGACCAACGGCACCCUCGGUUCUCCCACUUCCCCCUCGAAGCUGUCCAACAAGGCGCAGACGAUGGCGGAACGAAACCAGCGGUUCCAGGCAGCCGAAGCGAAUCGAAUGAAUAAUUCCUUCCUAAAGCCUUCGGCCGGCGGAAUGAUGGGUGGUCUGAAAUCGGAAUCCACGCCUGCCUCACCGGCCCUCUCUUCCGCUUCCCAAUCGAUGACGGCCAGCCUGAGCAACAGUGCGCCGGUGAGCGUAAACGCCCAGCCGGUGAAGAAACCGCGAAACAUCUUCGGCACCCUACGAAACAAACUGACCCCGUCGAAGAAGUCGAAAUCGCUGGACGUUCCCCAGUACAGCCCGACCGGUCCGGGAGGUAACGUGCGCAGCGCAUCGUCCACGCUCAGUCGAGAAUCAUCGCUCGAUCAAAGAUCGAACAUUUUCCGCAACCUAUCGCGCAAAUCGUCCAUCUCGGAGUCGUCCGCCAUCUCCGGCCUUUCGACGGGAAGCGGACGAACGUACGUGCACGAGGAAUCGACGCUGCUGCUCGAGACGACCGAGAACAAUAUCGUACGCCACUAUCUGGUCCCGCUGGAGGUGGCCACCAAGCAGAAGAACUGGAAGCGCAAGGGCACCAAGCUGCAUGUUUACAAUGACCAUACGUUCGUUGCGAAACACAUCCCGGGGGGACUCCUUUGCUUCGUCUGCAACCGUAGCAUACCGCGGCGCCCGGGCAAGCAGGGCUACGAGUGCCGGGACUGCGCCAUCCAGUGCCACAAGCCGUGCCACGUACGUGCACCGCAAGCCUGUCCAAAUCCAAAAAUUCUGUCGAUGCAACUAUUACGGUGGCCAUGGACAUAAAUGGGAGCGUGGACACAUACGAUACAAAAAACAAAAAACAGAAAUCAAAGAAGAAAACGAAACCUCGACGAUCAGCGAAAGGCUGCGAUACACAUCAGCUGCCAAAGGAGCAUUUAGGACACAACAGAAGGACCACAAACUCACUCUCAGCGUGUCUCUGGAACUAUUAGGAACGAAACCAAUUGGAGUCUGGAGAUUGUUUGUGUGAAUGAUGAAGGAACAGAAACUGAUAAUGAGAUAACAUCCUUUAAACAACAAAAAAGGCUAAUUUAAGCGCAACAAAAAAAAAACAAAACUAACGAACGCUUCCACUUACGAUUUCAGCUUCUGCUUUUUUUUAACUCUCAUUACUA